GUAGAUUAUGUGGAGGGGUUUGAGAACGUGAACAUUGGGGUUGUUGUACUUGUGGCUUUUCGUGAUGUAUCAAGGGUGGAAAAGGUUACCCUUGCUAGUAGUUUUUUUUUUUUAAACUAUUUUGUAAGAAUGCUGAUGGAUUUAAAGGUAGAGCUUAUGCCAAUGCCCAUCAGUGGGGUCAGCCUUCUGACACUUUCUCACCUUGUACGGUCCAGUCUUCUAUGUCAGAGGCCCAUAUGACUGGGACUUUGCCUGUUGAAGAAGUGGGCUCUGGUUUGUUCCCUAACAAAGCCCUGAAAAGCAGGUCAAAGAUUAAUGUACUCCAGUUUGUCAAAGGUGGUUCUAGCAGCUAUCAGUCAACUUUCCCUGCCCAAACUGCUCCAAGCAGCUGUUUCUACUUCCUUGCCUCUGCUGCCAGUUCAACAGCCUUCAAGCAGUUUGAUGUCCUCUGGAUCAACCAUUUCAGGUGUUGCUAGUGGAUUAAGUUUAGAGGCCCAGUAUGCUGCAAGUGGUUCCGGACCCCUCGUUUCUAACCAAGGAGAGCGUAGUAGCGACCCUGCCGAGCUUGGUGUUUCUGGCCAGUCCACCAGUGAUGGUUUGUAUGCGUCCAGCUCCCAUGAAACUUCUCUUCAAUCAGCAGAAGCCUCUUUGCCUGUGUUCUCUCAGGAGUGUUUCCCUUACAGCAGUUCAUCUGCUCCAGGUGCAACUUCCACUUCUCGAGGUAGCCCUGUACUACUUUCAGAAAGUUCGGGUCAGCCUGUAUUUUCUCAGGGGGAAAGUCGCUACAAUGGUUUGUCUCAAGGUGCCUCUAGUCGGAAUACCCCAGACUCCAAUACUAAACUCAGUUCAACCAUUUAUAGCCAGUCUACUGUGGACCAGAGUUCUCCCAGUCUGUUUAGUUCCAGCUCUCAGGGUAAUUCUGGCGUGUUAGCUUCUGGUUCCUCCUUGGCAGGGCUUCGUCGUCUUGUAGACUUGUCUUCCAAAUCUUCUACCCUUAGUGGUAUCUAG